AUGCAGAUAAACGGUCGACCCCAAGACCCAGGCAGAACCAUCUCGCUCGUGCUACUGGAAAACUACAACUACUGGGUGAUUCUUGACCCAGCGCUACAGAGGCUCUACCUCAACAGCACCGGACGCGUGCUGGACAGAGAUCCUCCCAACUCCAUCACCACCAUUGUGGUUCAGAUCCAGUGCACCAAUGAGCUGGUCGGUACCAUCAUUUUGCACGAGGUGCGGAUAGUCGUGCGGGACAAGAACGACAACCGUCCUCGCUUUCAGCAGCCGCGCUAUUAUGUGGCAGUAAAUGAGCUCACACCAGUCGGAACGACCAUUUUCACUGGCUUUGCAGGAAACAACGGCGCCACCGACAUCGACGACGGCCCCAACGGACACAUAGAGUACAGCAUCCUUUACAACCCCAAUGACCCGGCCUCUAACGGCACAGUGAGUGUCGCUAACACCCUGUCAGGACACAUUACUCUGGCUGAGAGGCUAAACUAUGAGGCGAGAACCCGCUACCUGGUUUUAGUCCAAGCUAAUGACCGCGCCCCUUACCCCCCAAACAGGCAGACGGCGACCACCACGCUGACCGUGGACGUCCUGGACGGAGACGACCUGGGCCCAAUGUUCCUCCCCUGCGUCCUGGUGAACAAUACCCACGACUGCAACCCCAUCACCUACCACGUAGCUAUCCCAGAAUUCACUGAACCGAGCAAACUCAACCCCCUGAAUGUGACCCCGUCGAUCCAAGCUGUGGACAUGGACCGAAACAUCCAGCCUCCGUCAGACAGACCUGGCAUUCAUUACUUCAUCCUGGUUGGUCAUCCCAACACAUAUCCAGACUACUUCUCCCUGAACAGAACCACUGCAGAGCUGCGCGUUCUUAAGCCAAUCAGCAGGGACAUCUAUCAACGUUUCACACUCAUCAUCAAGGCUGAACAGGACAACGGUCAUCCCCUCCCAGCCUACGCUGACCUCAUUAUUGAAAUCCUGGACGAGAACAACCAGGCGCCAUACUUCCAGUUCGCCACCUAUCAGGGCUACGUGAGUGAGUCCUCCCCUGUGGGUACGACUAUCUCCGCCAGUGCCAACCUCACCGCCCCGCUGGGACUCAUCGCUCUGGAUAAUGACAUUGAGGAGACAAAAGACCCCAUGCUGAAGAUUACCCUGAACGACUACACUGCGAUCUUUGGCCUGACCCCAACCGGGCUAAUCCGUUACCUGAGGCUCCUCAAACCUGUGGAUCGGGAGACGCAGAUGGUCUACACCUUCACGAUGGUGGCAUCAGAUGGCGUCCAGCAGAGUAUCCAAGUAACUGUCAACAUCCUGGUCCUUGAUGCCAAUGACAACACGCCCACGUUCCCCAAGGUCUCCUACAGCGUCGAAGUCUUCACAGACAUGCAGCAGGGGGAGACGGUGCUACAGUUAACAGCGGCAGAUGCUGAUGAGGGACUGAAUGGCCUGGUGACCUAUGAGAUACUGGCUGGAGCUCAGGGACAUUUUAUCAUUAGUAAUCGCACUGGACGUAUCACUGUGGCUCCCGGUGUCACUUUAACAGUGGGUCGAUCAUACGCACUGACUGUCAAAGCCUCUGACAACGCGCCAGAGAUCCAGAGAAGGAGCUCCAUCACGACGGUGUACAUCGAGGUCCUGCCACCCAACAACCAGAGCCCCCCGCGCUUCCCCCUCUUCACCUACAGCAUCGAAGUGAGCGAGGCCAUGCGGAUCGGAGCUAUUCUGCUCAACUUGCAGGCCACAGACAGAGAAAAUGACCCCAUCACAUACCGCAUUGUGAGCGGGGAUUCCCAGAAGGUCUUCAACCUCUCUGAAACGAUUGGUCUUCUGCUGCUGGACAAGCCCCUGGACAGAGAGACCACUGAUAAGUACCGUCUGGUCGUUACAGCCUCUGACGGCAACCCUGGCGGGACGUCCACUACAACUGUGAACAUAGUCGUCACUGAUGUCAACGAUAAUGACCCCAAGUUCAACCUCAACACCCCCACUAAUUUCACUGUGCUAGAAGAACAGGCCAACUUGUUCAUAGGAGUAGUCACGGCCACGGAUCCAGAUGCAGGGGCUAAUGGCCAGGUGCGCUACCGGAUUGUAAAUCAUCCCGACUUGUUCACGAUCGGGGACAACGGCAGCAUCUACACACGGGUGCCUCUGGAUCGGGAGCUCAGGAGCCAGUACCUCCUGGUGGUGGAGGCAUCAGACGGGGCGGUGGAUCCACGUCGGACCUCCUGGACGCUAACAAUCCUGGUCACAGAUAUCGAUGACAACAGCCCGAUGUUUUCUCAGCAAACUUAUGUGGUGAACGUCCCUGAAAACAGCCCGGUGGGAACUGUAAUUCUGAAGCUGAGCGCAGUGGACUCAGACCUCGUCUCCAAUGUCACGUAUCGGAUCAAGACUGAAUCGGCCCGGCAGCUGUUCUCUCUGAACCCCAUCACAGGGGAGUUAGCUGUGCUGCAGACGCUGGAUUUUGAGAACCUGGCAGCUAUGGGCAUGGGGGCUUCUUACACUUUUCAGGUGGAGGCUGUCGACCAAGGAGGGGUCAUGCCCCCAGGGCAGGCCACCGUCACGGUCCGCAUCACGGAUAUGAACGACUUCUCCCCCAUCUUUAUUCAAGACCUGUAUAAGGGCUUGGUGGCCCCCAACGCAGAGAAAGGAACCGUCAUCACAACUGUUUUAGCUGAAGACCAAGACCCCCCUGGCACUCCGGCGAGCUUUGUCCGGUACAGAGUGGACCUGGACAGGUCGCCGUACAGCGGCAGUAUCUUUGAUGUGGAGGAGGUAUCUGGGAGAGUCAUCACUAAGGUCAACCUCAAUGAGCAGCCCAGCGUCACCUUCAAGUUGUUUGUGAUUGCCUUCGAUGAUGGGGAGCCGGUGAAGACUAACGGCACGUUGGUGGAAAUCACCGUCCUCCAGCCGUCUCGCAUCCCGAUCUUCACCCAGGAAGAAUACAAGUUCCCUCCAGUUAGUGAGCUGGCUCCUUUUGGCAAACCGGUGGGGACCAUCCUGGCUGCUGCUGUCAAUCAAGCCAUCUUCUACUCCAUCGUGGCAGGAAAUGAACAGGGUCAUUUCCAGGUGAACAACAGGACAGGCGUCAUCUCCACAGCUAAGCCCCUGGAUUAUGAAAACGUGACCAGCUAUGUCCUCAGGGUCCAGGCAGACUCGAUGUUGGUCGUCAUGUCAAACCUGCGCGUUCCUUCCAAAACGAACACAGCCAAGGUGUUUAUUGAGGUGCUUGACGAGAACGACCACCCUCCCCUUUUCAGCAGGAAGCUCUACAUAGGCGGCGUGACGGAGGACACCAAGAUCUUCAGCUCCGUGCUCAAGAUAGUGGCCACUGACAAGGACACCGGGAAUUACAGCGCCAUGGCGUACCGCCUGAUUAUCCCGCCCACGCCGGAGGGCCAGGACAGCUUCGUCAUCGAGACCUACACGGGCAUGGUCAAGUCGGCCAUGAUGUUUCGAAAUAUGCGCAGGUCCUAUUUCAAGUUUGAGGUUAUUGCCACAGACGACUACGGGAUAGGUCUCAGCAGCAGUGCCGAUGUGGUGGUUUCUGUGGUCAACGCGCUGGACAUGCAAGUUGUUGUGUCCACUGUCCCUCCCCAUUUAGUGGAAGAGAAAAAAGAGGAGCUCAUUAGUAUUAUGGAGCGCUACAUCCAGGACCAGAUUCCAGGGGCCAAAGUGAUUGUAGAAGCGAUUGGGCCCCGUCGUCACGGCGACGGCUUUGAGCUGGAGGACUACAGUAAGACGGACCUGAUGGUGUACGCCAUCGACCCGCUCACCAACAGGGCCAUCUCACGCCAGGAGCUCUUCAAAUUUCUCGACGGCAACGUGCUGGACAUCAACAAGGAGUUCCAGCCGCACCUCGGCGAGGGCGGCCGCAUCCUGGAGAUCCGCUCUCCGGACAUCGUGGCCAGUGUGAAGAAGGCGGCUCAGGCCGUGGGCUACACGGAGGGGGCGCUCCUAGCUCUGGCCAUCAUCAUCAUCCUCUGCUGCAUCCCCGCCAUCCUCAUCGUCAUGGUCACCUACAAACAGUUCAAAGAGCGACAGGCAGAAUGUGCCAAAACCGCCCGGAUUCAGAUGGCCUUACCGCCGGGAGGGAAAGCACCUCCUGCGGCUGCUCCCAGCACCAACCUCUAUGAAGAGCUGGGCGACAGCAGCAUGAGGCGAGGCUACGGCAGACAGGAGCUCUCCAUGGAGUCAGGUAUCGACCCGGGCCAGGACUACUACACACAGGACUACUAUAAUUACGACCAAGGGUACGACCUUCCUCAGUUCGGCAGUCGGAGGAGGCUGAUACCGCCCAUGUAUGAUGAAUAUGGAGAGGUGAUAAUGGAGGAUGAUGGGUAUUACUACAGUGGCCCGGAGGACCGAGGCAGAGGCAGGGGCCGUGGCGGCGUGCGGGGUAGAGGUCCAUCCAAGAAGGUUGCAUUUAGAGAUGUGCCGCCAGGGGAUGAAAUCGAACAAGCUGAGCCAGCAGCGGAGGGUGAGCCUUCUAAGGCUGCCAAGAAACUGAAGUCUGUUAUGAAACUCAGCAAACUCCUGGCAGCCAGCAAGAGAGAGAAGCCAUCUGAUGCGGCUCCCUCUGGCCCAUCCGCAUGGAAAAAAGCCAGAAUGUUCAAGAUGUUUGGUGCCUGGAAGAAGGACAAAGAUUAUGCCAAACUGAUGUCAGCGCGCCGCAUUGACAGCCAGGAGAGUCUGACUGACGGGCCGGCGCAUACGGGACCAAUCGACAGCAAGUCUGAUUCCCGCAGCCGUCUUGGCAAAGUUAUGAAGAAAAUCAACUUAGGCAACAGGCUGCGGGCCAGGAGGAAGUCGCAGAGUAGUGUGAGUCGUGGCUCUGCCACAGGCAGCGAGAGAGACGAGGAGGCCUCGCAAGCCACCAGUGAGGAUGAGAGGAGGUCCAAGGUGUCUAUCAGUGUCACAGAGAGUGAGCAGGAAGCAGGUGCAAGUGGAAGCGGUAAGGAGAAAGGCUCUGAUGAUGAAUCCUCAGAGAAAAGCAGUGUUGACAGAGAUUAUCUGAAAGUAGAUUUAGACCGAGACGAUGCCAACGAAAGCACAGUGGACUCAGAGGAAGAGCCAGACGAAGAUCCAGGGGAUUCUGAUGAGGAGAGCAAGUCCAAAUCUGAAGGAGAAGAAAGUGAGAAGGAAUCUGUUAGUGAGAAAGAAUCGGCGACCGAUAAAGAAUCGGAUUCAGAGAAAGAGUCCGAUUCUGAGAAGUCAUCGGCCACAGAGAAAAAAUCUGAAACAGAGAAAGAGUCUGACUCCGAGAAAGAGUCUGAAUCUGAGAAAGAAACUGAAUCGGGAACAGGGACGGCAACAGAGAAGGAAACCAGCUCAGAAAAGGGUUCAGAAACAGGGAGGGACUCUGAGGAAGAGUCUGAGGAGGAAGAGGCUUCAGAGAGUGCUGCAGGAAGUGGGUCUUCUGCCCGCUCUUCCAUGAGAUCAUCAGCUACUGGAGCCAGCAAGAAGAGCAGGUCAUCAGCCACGAGUGGUAGUGAGAGUGCAAGUAGGAGUGGUAGCAGGAGGAGUGGGAGUGGCAGCGGUAGUGGUAGCGGUAGUGGUAGCGGCAGUGGUAGCGGCAGUGGUAGCGGCAGUGGCAGCGGCAGUAGUAGCCGUGCUGCGUCUUUAUCUGGUUCCAGCUUUAAGUUGUCACAGAGAACCAGGUCAUCAGGAAGUGUAGUUACAUCAGAGAAGUCCAGCGAAGAGCUCAGUGAUGCCGAAUCAGGGACAGGGACAGGGACAGCCAGCGAGGCAGAGUCAGGCAGUGAAGGCUCCUCAUCUCGUGGGUCCAGCCAGAGGAAAACAUCUGAAUCCGAGUCUGCUGGAGGGUCUUUUCCUGGCAGUCAGAUGGAGGAUCAAAGUUCCCUGGGUAGCAAGGAGAGUUCUGUUGCCUCCAAGUCCACCAGUGGCAGCCGGCGUUCCCGAAAGUCCGUUCGGAGCCGCGUAUCUGAGGACACGAUAACAGAGGAGAGUGAAGAAGAGGAUGAGGAAGAAUCUCAGUCUGCUGAGGAGAGCAAAGAUUCGGCCAGCGAGCUCAGCGACGACACAUUGUCCACCAAGUCCAGUGUGACAUCUGGAGACCCGGGACCCUCUGCCCCUUACACUGCUCCCCCAUAUCGCUCAGAGAUCAGAAGCAUGGGCGAGACGUCUGAGGAGACAUACGGAGGACUAUCCCCCAUCACAGAGGUGGAUGAGGACGCCAUCUCCUCUGACAGGUCCUCAGCCAGCGGCUCUGGAUCAGAACCCAGCGGUGCGUCGAAGGCCUCCGGAGAAACGGGGGCGACGUCAGAUGCUGAUUCAGAGUCUGAAGGAAACUCAACUUCCUUCUAGAGAGAUA